AUGACUGGCGAUACCUUCGUCCCGGAGAAACGCCCAUUUGACUCUCAAUCCCCAACUUCACCCACUGAUACUAUCAUGACCGGAGAUACGAUGCGAGGAGAUGCUAUAAUUGAUAUCCAAGAGGGCGAUCGCUCCUCAAGAACCUCGAGAACCCCUUCUGUUGCCAAUACUAGUUCUAUCAACGAAACUCCACUGCCUGAAAGGGAGAAGAAGACAUUCAUGAGAAAACUGACCGGCCCUUUCAAAGGAGAGCCAGAACCUGAGGACGUUACAGAAACGAAUACACGAAUAUUAGAGAACACGCCCAAUGGAUUCCCGCGCUUGGCAGCCUUUCAGUCCAGCGAGGCCAACUUCGCUCUUUAUCGAAGCUUCUCCUACCUACACAGCAGGGUCCUCCUCGACCUACAAGACGAGAUCACGUGUCUCGAAAAGGAGCUUGAUGACCUUGACUGGGAUGACUUUGAUAGCGACCCCGACCGCCUACAAUCACGAGAGAUAGAUGUCGCAAAGGCGAGCAGAGACGACCCAGACAGGAGAAAUAGGCGAACGAUCUUGGGUGAAAUUCGCACAAAACUAAUGGAAUAUGAUGAGGUGUUGAUCAAAGCAAGAACUCUGGAAUCUUUUCAGCGUCCCUCUGACCGGAACUACCGUAGCGUGCGACGCUAUCACCACAACACGAAGCCCCUAAUGGACUCAGAGAUGGACUCUAUACGUAGCAAGGAAGACAUCAUCAGCCUCCGUGACGGAAGAGAAUGGGCCAGCUUUGAUGGUGGUGUUGAGUCAAUGCUUCAGCAAACCGAUCGCUUUCUCAAGCGGCUGCUUCGCACUAAAGAGCCUCCCCUUCAAGCUUGGCUCCGGACCCCCGAGCUCCAGGAAAAGACCAAGAACAAAUACAUCAACUUCUACUCAUCCUCAAGAGUCGACAAAUUCGUUGGAAUACUCAUUACCUUCGUCAUCUUCGUACUCCUCGUUCUACCCAUCAUGGCCAUGUACCGUCUUACGACCCCAUCAAGCCCGAGAUCAGUUGUAGACGCAGUAGGAGUUCUCAUUGUAUUUACUCUCCUGUUUUCUGCGGCGAUGUCAAUGCUCACGAAAGCGGCUCGACACGAGCUAUUCGCCGCGUCUGCUGCUUAUUGCGCAAUAUUGGUGGUAUUCAUUGGGAACUUCAGUGGCCCAAAUAACUUGUCCCCUGCUCCAUCUAUGUCAUAG